AGGCCUUGGAGGCUUGGACGGUAGAUUGAUCGAAUCAUCGAAUGCGGUUUCACUGGGUACACGCCUACACGGCCGCGGGUCCUGCCUUCCCUGGGGGCCUGGGCGCCCAGCCGGAGGAUCCAUGGCGCUGCGGCGGCUCGCCCGCCGCGCCCUCCACCGCUGGUUACCCGUCCACCUACCUCCGCAGCCGCUCGUACCCUUCUCAUGCGGCAUCCGAGGCCACAUCUUCCUCCGCUUCUCCACCUCCUCCUCUGACCAGCCGCACUUCAUGGUCGACUACCUCGUCUCCACCUGCGGCCUCCCGCCGGACAAGGCCGCCAAGGCGGCGCCGCGGUUCGCGCACCUCAGCUCCCCGUCCCGUCCCGACGCCGUGCUCGCCUUCCUCCGCUCGCGGGGGCUCACCCGCGCGCAGGCCCGCGCCGUCGUGUCCUGGAACCCGGCGGUGCUCCUCAGCGACGUGGACGCCACCAUCGCGCCAAAGUUCCGCGCCGUGCGGUCGCUGGGCCUCACCCGAGCCGAGGCCGUGCGCCUCUUCUCGCUCUACCCGCCCGCGCUCGCCAUGGGCGUCCACACCAACCUCCUCCCGCGCCUCCUGCUCUGGCUCGACCUCCUCGGGUCCGCCAGGUUACUGAUGAAAUGGCUCGCCAAGACGUGGCUGCUCAGGAACAGCGUCGACGCGCUCCUGCAGAACCUCGGCGCGCUCCGGAGCCACGGCGUCCCCGAGGCGCGCCUCGCCGCCACGGUGCGUCUCAAGCCGUCGCUCAUCCUGCAGUCGCCCGCCAAGCUCCGGGCGCUGACCGCGCGUGUCGACGCGUGCGGGGUGCCGCGCGGCUCCCGGAUGUACGCGUGGGCGCUCCUUACGCUGCACAACGUCAGCGACACCGCGUUCCGGGCCAAGAGGGCCGCCGUGAUGCGCGGGACCGGGUGCACGGAGCAGGAGUUCCUCGCCAUGUUCCGGCGCGCGCCGUGCUUCCUGUUCAUGUCCGCGGAGCUGCUGCGCCGCAAGGUGGAGUUCCUGGUGGACACCGUCGGGUGCGGCGCGGACCACAUCGUCAGGGACCCCGUGCUGCUGACGCUCAGCGUCAGCAAGCGGAUGGUGCCGCGGUGCCGCGCCAUCGAGGCCCUGAAGGCCAGAGGCGUGGACAUCGGCAGGGAGCGGCUGGUGAACAUCGUGAGAGCGUCGGAGGCCAGGUUUGUGGAGAGGUACAUACUGAGGUAUAGCGAUCAGGCGCCAGAACUCCUCGAGAUGUAUCCUCCUGAUCACCGCAAGGGCAGCUCGCGUGGUGAUUGCUCCACCAUUGCCAGCAGCUGCAGCUCGCAGGGUGAUUGAUUUAACAUUUUUGUUCUGAUGAUUCCUGUGUGAUGUGUGUUGAGGUUCAGACUUAUAGAUUGACAUGGACAUUA